AUGCAUAUCGACGCGUCUCGCAGGCGCCAGGAAGAGGUCCGCGAACCACCUCCUGCCACGAGCCUCGGAGCUGAGGUCGGAUCGCAGCUUUAUCCAUCAGCACGGGCGAAUGAGCUUGUUGGUCCGAAGCCACUCGAUGCAGCUGUGUUUCGGUGUGGCAUCCAUCAUCUCUUGCUCGGGGAUCUCUGGCGCGUAACUCUCCCCAUGUCUCGUUCAGCAACGUCCAGUGGGGCCAGUUCAACCAUGAUGGCCACCCCCGGCCAUCGCAAAAUCCGUGUGAGGUUUGGUAAGUCACAUCUGGCUCGCUAUUAUCUCUCCGGGUUGUAUCGUAACCCGGCAAUAGAUGGGCGCGCGUUCGACAUCGAAAUCCAAGACACGGCCACCAUCAGAGGUCUCAAGCAAAGCAUCGAAACCGAAACAAGCAUCCCCGUGCAAAGGCAGGUCCUCACGGUCCUCGGACCCGGCGCCAUCGCCUUCCGUGAUGACAUGCUCGUCAAGGAUGUCGUGAAGCCCCAAAGCACCAUCAUGCUACAGGACUCGAGCCUGGGCAACAACCAAGGCUUCCACCUGGGCCACCAGUACGGAGGCACCUUCUCCCUGGGCACCUUUGUCCACCAGGGCGACACCGUCGACCAGGGAUUCUGGGGCCAGUCGCCCAGUAACCGCGGCCUCCACGACUUCAGCGACGUCUUCUCCACCAACGGCGUCCUCCAACGAGGGGACCACUACCUCGUGCAGGCGCCCGGGCCUGGGCUCCUCCAACAGCCCGAUCAUCAAGGCGAGCGCCACCCCGACAGCGCAGCCGGCGGUAACCAGAGCGCCUCGCGGCGAGGACAUACGUAUGGGACUGCGAGGACUGAAGAUGCCGACCACACCCAGGGCGACGAGAUCAAUUCGGGCUGGAACGGGCCGGCGCCUGGGAGUGCAAGCCAUCGGUACGGUGACACCAGGUUGAACGGAGGUGGGCUACACCAGGGGAACAAGUACGGGAAGCCUGUCUGA